AUGCCGGCCCUGCAGCAUCUGGCGACCAGCUCUCGGCCGCCCGAGGGCAACCGGCUGCCCGCUCCGGCCUUCCCGCUGACAGUCAACCCAGCCUCGCUGGAAGGAGGCCGGCGGCUGAUGCCUCGCACGGUGGAGGGCCAGAUCACCAUGGAGAAGACCCCCAGCUACUUCGUCACCCGGGAGGCCCCCCAGCGCAUCUUCAACAUGUCGCGGGACACCAAGCUGAUCGUGGUGGUGCGCAACCCGGUGACACGGGCCAUCUCUGACUACACCCAGAUGCUCUCCAAGAAGCCGGACCUCCCCUCCUUCGAGGGCCUCUCCUUCCGCAACCGCAGCCUGGGCCUGGUGGACGCCUCCUGGAACGCCAUCCGCAUCGGCCUCUACGUGGUCCACCUGCAGGGCUGGCUCCGCUUCUUCCCUCUUUCCCAGAUGCACUUUGUCAGCGGCGAGCGGCUCAUCACCGACCCGGCGGGGGAGAUGGGCCACAUCCAGGACUUCCUGGGCCUCCGGCGGCUCGUCACGGAGAAGCACUUCUACUUCAACAAGACCAAGGGCUUCCCCUGCCUCAAGCGGAGCACCGAGGGCGGCCCGCCCCGCUGCCUGGGCAAGUCCAAAGGCCGGACUCACGUCCAGAUCGACCCGGACGUCCUCGAGCAGCUGCAGGACUUCUACCGCCCCUACAACGUCCGGUUCUACGAGACGGUCGGGCAGGACUUCCGCUGGGACUAG